AUGGUGAUCGAAGAAGAGCCUAAUCGCACAACUGGACGAACAGAGUCAAAAAAAACGUCUGUACUCGAAGGUCUCUGCGUAAGAUUGAGAGAAGACCAUGGCCUAUCAGCCAAGCAGUUCUUUCAGAACUUCAUGGCUUCAAAGGAAGAGUCGAUCAUCAUACGAAGAAAACAAUGGAUCUCACCAACUGGGUGGAAAUCGACACGAGGACUACUUGACUCGAUCAAACAAUUAGUAGAUGACGAAAAUACCGCGGAAGCUAGACAUGACUGGCAAGAGUGGGUUCUACAACAGGCUAUCGAGAUUGUUAAUACACAAAAAACUCCUCGUCGGAACACUGCUACAAAAAAAAGUGCAUAUGUGAAUGCAACAAAACUCGAAGACACUUUCUUUAACGGAAGCGAAGAGAACAGACGCAAUGCGAUGCUAAAGGACAGCAUGAAUUUCAUGUGGAGGUUGAUAGAAGCAAAAUUAGAAUAUAGUCAUCAUGAUCAGCUUUCUAAAGACUUCGAUACAGAUGAAGCAGACCCUGAAGAUUCCUCUUCUGAUUUCGAAGGAGAAUUCGAGAAUGAAUUGGACGAUCCUGACAAAGAUCCGACUGAGCACGUUGAAGGGAGGAUGUAUGUAAGAUCAAAGGACAAGAGAGUUAAUUUGAGAAAUCGUCUACAGGCAGCAGUAAAAAAGAUUCGAGUAGUGAUGUCAAAGAAAUUGGUCUUAUCGCCUGUGAUUGUUCUAGAUAACAUUGACAUUCAGGAGCGUAUCCACCACGAAAGAAUUGAACAGCAGACUCAGAUGUAUCAUGGUUCUUGGGGUUACAUCCAUCAAUCAAACCCCAAACUACUCAAGGAUCUAGACACCGGAGCAUUCAGCAAAGACAACAUUCGACAUAUCUUACAGAUGACUGCACGAAAAAAAAUAGACUUGGGCCUCGUGAUGCCGACUGAAGAUGAACAAAAAUGUUUCAAAAUCGAAUUUCUUGAACGUGGAGCCACUUGA